GCGCCUAAAAGCUGCUCGCCGACCGCUUCGUGCUGCAAAUCUGACAAUAUGGCGACCUUUCGCUUGGUUUAUAAAAAUCCAAUUCAGCACGUGUAUAAAAGUGCCAAACUUCAAUCGUGAAAACGUACGUGAAAAACGGGUGAAAUUGGGUCGAAAAGUGUGGCAAAAGUGAGAGGAAACCAGCGCCUAUCGGCAGGCGAACGAAUACGCACGAAAUUUCGGUGAAUUAAGGGUGAAAAUCGCAAUUAUGGAUGAUAACCGCCAGGAGCAACAAUCGCACGAUGGGCCCGCCGGUAUGAACCCAGACGGCGUGAUCGAGUCGAACUGGAACGAUUCGUACGACAACUUCGACCAGAUGGGUCUGCGUGAGGAGCUUCUCCGCGGUAUCUACGCUUACGGUUUCGAGAAACCGUCUGCCAUCCAGCAACGCGCAAUUGUGCCGUGCUUGAAGAGGCGCGAUGUAAUUGCCCAAGCGCAAUCCGGUACUGGAAAGACCGCUACAUUUUCGAUUGCGAUUCUGCAGCUGAUCCAGACCGAGAUUCAAAGCUGCCAGGCGCUGAUUCUGGCUCCGACUCGCGAGCUGGCGUCGCAGAUCCAGAAGGUGGUGAUUUCGCUGGGCGACUUCCUGAAGGCCCAGUGCCACGCCUGUAUCGGCGGCACGAACGUUCGCGACGAUAUGCGCCGCCUGGAGCAGGGCUGCCACAUCGUUGUCGGAACGCCCGGUCGUGUCCACGACAUGAUCUCGCGUGACGUGCUGCGCACCAACAACAUCAAGCUGUUCGUCCUCGACGAGGCCGACGAGAUGUUGUCGCGCGGUUUCAAAGACCAGAUUCAGGAUGUGUUCCGGAAGCUGCCCUCGGAUGUACAGGUGAUCCUGCUCUCCGCUACGAUGCCCGCUGAGGUGCUGGAAGUGUCCCAGUACUUCAUGCGCGACCCGGUCAAGAUUCUGGUGAAGAAGGAGGAGCUGACACUGGAAGGUAUCAGACAGUUCUACGUGGACGUGAAGUACGAGGACUGGAAGAUUGGCACGCUGUGCGAUCUGUACGAUACGCUGUCGAUCACGCAGGCCGUCAUAUUCUGCAACACCCGUCGCAAGGUCGACCAGCUGACCGAGCAGAUGACGUCGAAAACGUUCACCGUGUCCGCUAUGCACGGCGACAUGGAGCAGCGAGACCGCGAUCUGAUCAUGAAACAGUUCCGUACCGGCUCGUCGCGUGUGUUGAUCACCACGGAUCUGCUCGCUCGUGGUAUCGACGUACAGCAGGUAUCGCUAGUUAUUAAUUAUGAUCUCCCAACGCUCCGGGAGAAUUACAUCCAUAGAAUUGGACGUGGUGGACGAUUCGGUCGUAAGGGAGUUGCCAUCAACUUCGUUACCGAACAAGACAAGCGGGUUCUCGCCGAUAUCGAGAAGCACUACAACACAACAAUUGAGGAAAUGCCAGCCAAUCUGGCUGAUAUGAUUUAAUUGCGGAAGAACAUUGUAUUAGUUUUCCCUCAAUCAGCAAGCAAAGAAGAAAACUAACAGCAGGCCAGCGCCGCCGCACCGCAAAACAAGUGUUGUCGUCUCUUUAUCUCUCUCUCUCUCUCUUGCUCUCCCUCUCUUGUUCCCUUCAUCCUGAGUACUGUUGUUGUGGGUGGUGUGUGGUGUAGGUAGUGUUGGUGCGUGGUGUUGGUAGUAAUAUUGUGUGUGUGUUUGUAUCUCGAAGGAGAGUACCGAACCGGAAGCUAGAUUCCAGAGACAUUACCUAAGGGGAGAGGGCGGAAAAAGUGUAGGAGCUUCUUGUUGAGAGGAGAGGGAUUCGUAAGGAAGAUUGCCCGUGGUGCGUAGCUUGGAAAAGUGUGAAGAAAAAUCCCAACAUCAGUACAACACUGGCAGCACAGCAUCAGCCAGCAGAAGAGCGGUAAGCAGGGGUAAGGGACAGAAGAGGCGCAGAAGAGGAGAGGUAGAAGAACCCGUGAACGCGAUCGCAGCCGUUGAUCGAAUGCAUAUUAAAACAAGAAUUACAGAAAAAAGCAGUCGCAGCAGCAGCAGCAGCAGCAGCGCGCCCUACGGAACAUCAAGAACAUCCACGUCCCUUCUAUAUAAACAAAAGUAAAGUAAAAAAAGGAAAAAAUCGCGGUGUGAAAGGAAUUAAUAACAGAAGAAAAAGCUAAAUCUACUACUUUUAUUGCUAAUAAAAUUAUUCAAACCAACAACACAACAACAGCCGGCAAUAUCGUGGAUGUAAUAAAAUGGACAGAAAAAAUGAAA